UGAAGGAGUGGCUAUAAUGAUGUCGCCAGUGGCAGCCAAAGCCAUAAUGCGAUGAGAACCGAUUUCAUCCAGGAUCAUGACAGCAAGAUUCAACUCAAAAGGAAAGAAGGUCACAACAACUCUAGGUAGGAGAAAUGAAUGAGAACAGAGAAUUAUUCGCAGACUUCUGCUAUUUCAAUGAUUUGGUGAUCGGAUGCAGUGUGUACAAACACAAAGAUAUACACAAAGCAACAUGGAAUUCGCCUGACAGACAAACCACAAACCAAAUGGAUUUCAUAUCAAUCUUGAGGAAAUGGAAACGCAGCCUGCUGGAUGCAAAGUCGAGAAGGGGAGCAGAUGUGGGCUCAGGCCAUCAUCUAGUUCAAGGAACCUCCAAGGUGAAGCUAAAAUCCAUGAAAACAAAUGGAGAUAGACCACAAUUCAAGUUCAGCAUUCCGAAACUGAAGCACAAAACUACAAGGGAUGCCUUCGCUAAUGAUUAGAUCAGAGCAAAGUCGGAGACAC